UUGUUUCUAUACCAUUUUUUUCAGAUUUUUGAGGGUGUUGACUUCCUGCAUAGCAAUAAUAUUGUUCAUCGUGAUUUGAAACCACAAAACAUCCUCAUCAAUCGAGACCAAACCGUCAAGAUAGCUGAUUUUGGAUUGUCUAGGACAUACACAACACAGAGCUGCUUCACUACAGUUGUUGUCACGUUGUGGUACAGAAGCCCAGAAUUGCUUUUGCAAUGUAGUUACAACACUGCUGUUGACAUUUGGGCUAUUGGUUGCAUUGUGAGCGAAUUGUACCAAAGAAUACCGCUAUUUCCUGGACAGACGGAAGCACAGCAGCUCAGCAUUAUCUUUCAGAAAAUGGGAACGCCUAGAGCGUCACUCUGGCCCCAUGAUGCAAUAGUUGCACGGUCAAAUUACCCAUCAUACCCACCUCAGCCUCUGGAAAAGCUGAAUCCGCGCCUGCCUUCGGAUGCUAUACCUGUAAUUAGUGGAUGUUUAACAUUUUCGACCGAGCAACGUCUUACGGCACGCGAAGCGCUUCGUAUGCCAUAUUUUAGCAAAGAAGUCGAGGCUUCGAAACGUAGAAGUAACUGA